AUGCAGCCGGUGGAGGAGCAGGAGGACCCGAGCUUCGCGUCGGUGCAGGAACCCGCGCAGCUGCAGCGGCCGCACUGCGACCAAUGCCGCGUCUCCAUCGCCGACUACGAGUGCCAGCGCUGCGUGCAGCGCUUCUGCAGACAGUGCGAGCUGGACAUCCACCACCGACUGGAGGCGCUGGCCUUGAAGCGCGAGGAGAGCAAGGGCGACGGCCGGCCGCACCAGGAGUUCCUCAAGUGGAUCAGUGCUUGCCAGGAGUGCGGUCAAAACACGAUGGAGUUCUACUGUGUGACUUGCAGCAUGUACCAGUGCGAGAACUGCUGCCAGUCCAAGCAUGAGCGGCUGGAGCCGCACUUCUUCUUCUGUGUGGAAGGUUCGUCGCCUAGGAUGCUCCCGUUCGCUAGCUGGAACUUGAAGUUCGUGGAAAUGGUGAAGGUGAGCAAGGGCAAGCUGCAAGACAGAGCUGCUGCGGCUGAAGCAGCAGCAGAGCAGACUAACACAACUGCUAAGGAGCUGCCGGAAGAGAAGUACAGUGCUACUGCUGCCGCUCGUAUUAAAAUGGAGAAGGGUGCAGCGUCCACAAGCGAUACGACAACAGCGUUGGGCAAUCUGUCCAUUACUGGAGCUGCAUCGACAGAUACCCCACAAGCAUCAGCAGCUGAACCGCCCAAGAGCCAAGCCAAGCACUUGGCGCGAGUGAAUACCACGUCAAUUCCACAGAUCAAGGAAGAGAUUCGCGUAAAAUCUGAAAGCGCGUGGCUGGCCUCAGCUGCCGCUGCACAAGAAAACCCCGUGCUUGACGUGGACGAGCUGAUGGAGAAGACGAUGGGCGAGGACGAAGACCCCAUUCUGCGCUCAAUGAUCGGCGAGUACAACCAACAGAGCGAAAAGAUUUUCGGCAUCAAGCAAGACUAUGACAAGUCUGUGAAGGAAACGAAGGAGCUGUCGAGUGUCCAGCCGAUGAAUAUGAGCGAAGUCAUGAAGGCACGAGUCAGGUCGAAGAAGCUACGCCAAGAUCUCGCCACAGCAGAAAAAUCUCGAGACGGCGUGGUGGCCAACAUCGUCAUGUAUCUCAAGUGCGACCCGGAAGAGCUCACGUCGUUCCUGCAAACGUGCACGGCCGAUGUCCCUUACGCCCAAGACGCAAGUCACCGCAAGUGUGCAGCACUCGAGGCCAACAUCCGCUCCAACCUGGAACAUAUCCAAAGGAUCCAGCGCAACAUGGAGGAGCUGAUCAACAUGAAGAAGGACGCGUUCGCAGAGGUCACGCGACUUGGGGCGGAGAUCGCCCAAGGGGAGGAGGAGGUUCGCCAGCUGGACAAGGAGCGACAGGAUGAGUUUUUGCGGUUGUGCCAGUACAGCAAAGGAAUUCAGACCGCCGUGCGCGAAAUGGCUGCAAGCGCGCAGUGA